GCAUAUUAUGUGCCUCUCUACCUUUAAGACCAGGGUCAAAGGAACCACAUGCCGCAAGGAAUCAGUUGCCAACCACUGAAAAUUGACACCUACUGAAGAAAAGACACUCUCAUCAUGGAUUAUUGAUAUGGGACAGCGUGGCCUGCCUCUACAAAUCUCUACUGUACGCCCUUUGGCACAGUUAUUACUGUCUGCAUGACUAUCCUCCCAGACUGCCUAUGUGGGCGAGUGUUGGGUGACUCAGUAUAUUCGACGCCAUGAUGAAAUCUCCUCUGAAUACAGUCGAAAAUAUGACUACCAGCGUGCCAGAUGUGAAGAUCCAGAGCUUAUUAUGGGGUGGUAUAAGCGCUUCCAUGAUGCCAUUGAAAAAUAUCGCAUUCUUGAGCAAGAUAUCUACAAUAUGAAUGAAACUGGAUUUCAGAUGGGCAUGAUAUCCACAGCCAAAGUUAUAUGUGGCUCAGAGACUCGGGCAAGCAAUGCCAAAGCCUUACAGCCUGGGAAUCAUGGAUGGGUAACUGCUAUUAUUGCGAUAACCAUGCAAAAUGCCAUCCUACUGCAGCAUGAAUUCCACCAGCUUCUCAUGGAAAAUAAGCAUCAAAGGCAGAGACGAGCAGCUCCUAGGGCCUUUAUACAGGCUGGAGGGAGCCUGACAGGUGCUCAAGGAUUGCAAAAAGCGCAAGAACAGGAGGCUAUAGUGGAGGAAGCACGCCGGUCAGUUUCCAGGCUGCGUAGGCCACCAACUUGCAGCGCAUAUGGUAAAACAGGCCAUAAUCGGCUUAAAUGCCCUGAGAAAUAGUCUAUUGUUUUUAUACAUAAUAUAUAUCAAUUUUGUGG